CGUGGCCUGUUCCGUUCCUCAUCCCCGGCGGCGGCGGCCGUUUAUCCAAAACAGGCCAUGCUCUGAAGCUCUUGUCCCCUUCUUCAACCUUCCGCUGCAGCUGCUAGUUCGGAAAGCCGUGCGGGGAGAUUUCAGGAUUUGCAUCCGAAUGGCUGCAGCGGCGCGGCCAUCGAAUGCUGCUCUCCUCGCACGCCUCAGGGAGGGCACGGCCAAGUUCGAGCUCCUCGAGGACUCCGAGCCGGCACCUGCGCCAGCACCGUCUUGGCCCCGGCUCCACUGCUUCGCCAGGAUUGCCCCCUCGCUGAGGGGCGGUUGGUCGGCGGCUCUGAACAAGGUGGAGCAUUACGGGGUUCAGAGGGUCACAGGGGAUGGCCGGUGCAUGUUUCGGGCGUUGGCAAAAGGAAUGGCAAAGAAUAAGGGGAUUCCUUUGACCCCGAGGGAGGAGGUACAAGAUGCAGAUGAUUUACGGAUGGCAGUGAAAGAAAUUAUAUGUGACAGUGAGACUGAGCGGCAGAAGUAUGAAGAAGCUGUUAUAGCAAUUACUGUGGAACAAUCCUUGAAACGCUACUGCCAAAGGAUAAGGCGGCCAGAUUUCUGGGGUGGAGAGUCAGAACUCCUGGUUUUGUCUAGACUGUGUCGGCAGCCAAUAAUUAUUUAUAUUCCAGAGCGUGAGUACCAUGGUCGUGGUAAUGGCUUCAUCCCCAUAGCUGAAUAUGGAUUAGAAUUCGCCAAAAAUUCAAAGAAUUGGAAGAAAAAGGCACCUGUAAGACUUUUAUACAGUGGGAGGAGUCACUACGAUUUGCUCGUUUGACAUGGUUACAUGGCUUUUCUGAGGUGUGUGUGGGUUUUGUAACUCUCUUCUUAUAUUAAUGAUACGCAGUUCUCCUGUGCUAUCAUUUGUUUUUGUUGCGUUGUCA